AUGCGCGCAUUCGCCGCCGCUGCCGCCCUCCUAGGCGCGGCUUCUGCAUCUCCUGCAGGAAUCUCCGACUACAUUCGAGCUGCUACGAACACCCCAGCCCACAACACGACGAGUACGAGCGAAGAGCCGUGUGCUCUAAUCAGCGAGGCACUUCGAAACCAGACCGCAAAGCACACCGUUCCACUGGAUGCGAAGGUGGCCUACGCUUGCUUGCAGUCUGUCCCUCUUCAUACCAAGGAUGCAGCGCUGCAGUUGGAGGGUGUCAGAACCUUUACCCAGUUUCAGAGCACCUUGGCCUACCUGAAAACUCCCACAGAGGGUUAUCUAUACCCAGCUGUUGAUGUCUUUGGUGCCUACGACCAGAUUGCGAAGAAGCUGGAAAACAACGAAUACAAAGGAGAAUACGAUUUCCAAUUCGACCUGUUGGACACCAUAAACAGCGCCCACGACGGUCACUUCUGGUACUUUGCGGAUAUUACUCAGAUUUUUAGCUUCGUUCGACAACCGCUAUACUCCGUAUCCAAAGAUGGAAUCUCGGUGCCAGAGGUCUAUCUCGCUGCGGACAUCAUAGCGUUCAACUCACCAAACGGGACAAACUCGACUACCUCGCCAGUCGCGCGUAUCAAUGGUCAAGACGUUGAGGCGUUCCUCAAUCAGAAUGCUGCGGCCACCGGCAACAACCAAGACCCCGACGCCAACUACAACACCAUGUUCCCCGAAUACGUGCGCGGUGCCAAGAGUGUAGGCGUCUUCGCCUCGAGCUCUUUUUACAGUGGACCAGUGACCACGUUGACAUUCCGUAACGGCACCUCGCGUAUUAUGCAAAACUACGCUACAACUACGGCCAACUUCACUGGCGUUGUUGAUGGAAAGUCGUUUUUCGAGCAGUUCUGUGUUCCUCAGACAUCCUCCGAGGAGGAUGCUACUCCUACACCGUCCUCCACCGAGGCGCCAGUCAUCCCAACCACGGAGGUGCCCUUCAAAGCCGUUCCUACCCAGACUGCCAAUCCAGGACCUGAUGGUUACCCAGUGCCUGUCAUCAUCAACGAUGAUGGCUCAGUUGCUGGAUACCACCCUCGAUACAACAAAGAGCUUGCUGUGCUCUCGAUCCCAACCUUCCAGCCAGCUGACGACACGCAAUUCGAGAACGUUGUCCGUCAAUUCCUGGCCAUGUCGCAGGCCGCUGGCAAGAAGAAGCUGGUCAUCGAUCUGCGCGGUAACGGAGGUGGUGAUGUCGAUUUGGCAUACGACCUCUUCUCCCAGCUCUUCCCAAAGUCCAUCCCGUAUGGAGCGACCAACUUCCGCGCCACACCUCUCGGCAACGACGUCGGCAUCAUCGUCAGCGACUUCUACUCCAACGUCACCAACGCGACCAUCUCACCAGACGAAUGCAACAAUCCAACCGACUUCUCCAUCCACCCCUUCAACUACCGCGAACAACUCAACGUCGACAACGGAAACUUCACGUCCUGGCAAGACUUCUUCGGCCCCCACGAGUACCAUGGCGACAACUUCACCUCCCUCACGCGCUACAACCUCAACGACAAGUACACCUUCAGCUGCAGCAACAUCUCCGGCUUCGGCAACAUCACCAACAUCACGCCCGUCCAAGUCUUCCAGCAGGAGAACAUCAUCCUCGUGCAAGACGGCAUUUGCGCCUCCACCUGCGCCGUCUUCAGCGAAUUCGUGAAAUCCCAAAAAUCCAUCAAACAAGUCGUCUUCGGCGGCCGCGCGCAAACCGGGCCCCAGCAAGCCGUCGGCGGCGUCAAAGGCGCCAACGUCUACGGCUGGGACCUUCUCGCCAUGGCCAUCGACGAAGCCGGCGUCGACGACGCGACCCCGGCGCAAGCCGCCUACUUCCAAAAGACCUACGGCAACCUCACCGCGCCCGCCCAACAAGCCCUCGCCCGCGCGGCGGUCAUCGAGAACGAAGUCCAGGCGAAAGUCAACAUCCGGAAUAACAUCCGGCAGGGCGAUGCGUCCGUCACGCCGCUGCAGUUCGUCUACGAAGCGGCGGAUUGCAGACGCUUCUACACGCCCGCGAUGCUCGCGGACCAGAGUCUCAUCUGGAAGGCCGCGUACGAUUCGAUCUGGGGCAAUGCUUCGUGCGUGGCGGGUUCGACGGGACAUCCUUCUUCGAAGCCGGGAGUUAUUGCGCCUGGCCAGAAUGUGCCGCCGGAGAGUGCGAGGAAUUUCUUUGGGGCGGAUGUUAGUGGGCCUUAUCCUGUGGCUAACUCGAGCCUGAAGGCGAGCAGUACUGGGAAUGGGAAUGGCAAUGGCACGGCGACGGAGCCGCAGGCUUAUACUGGUGGUGCGAUGGGCGCGUCGGUCAGUGGGUUGAUGGUGACUUUGAUGGCUUUUGUUGCGGCUUGUAUGCUUGUGUAG